UUCUCCUCCUGCCGCCUCGGCCAUGGCUCGUCGUCUCCUGUCGCCGCUGCUCCUCCGCCUCGGCAGGGACCCUCGGUCGGGUCCUGCCGCCCUCCCCGUCCGCCGCGGCGGCGGGGUGAGGCGGUGCAGCUUGGGCGCCUGCGCCUCCUACCGCCUCCGGGACGGCGUACAUCCGCUGUGGCAGAGCCCGAUUACAAUUCCGGGGGGCAGCCGGCAGUCUCCGAUCAAUAUCCAGUGGAGAGACAGCGUCUAUGACCCCCAUCUUAAACCCCUUGAAAUACGCUAUGAUCCAGCCACUUGCCUCCAUAUGUGGAACAACGGAUACUCGUUCCUGGUUGAGUUUGAGGAUACCACAGACAAAUCAAUUAUUACAGGAGGCCCCUUAGAAAACAACUACCGGCUGAAGCAAUUCCACUUUCACUGGGGGGCCAUAAAUGAAUGGGGCUCGGAGCACACGAUUGACUGUAAGGUCUUCCCAGCAGAGCUGCAUUUGGUACACUGGAAUUCUUGCAAAUAUGAAAGUUUUGAAGAAGCUUUGAUGGAAGAAAAUGGUUUGGCUGUGAUUGGAGUCUUUUUGAAGCUUGGAGCCAAUCACAGUGGGCUUCAGAAGUUAGUAGAUGCCUUGCCAUCAAUUAAACACAAGGAUGAUCUCGUUGAGUUUGAUGAAUUUGACCCGUCCUGCUUGUUGCCAUCAUGCCCUGAUUAUUGGACGUACGCAGGAUCUCUGACCACCCCGCCGCUUUCAGAGUCCGUCACCUGGAUCAUCAAGAAGAAGGCGAUAGAGGUUGAUGAUGAUCAGCUUGAGGUGUUUCGGAUGUUGCUCUUCACCCCUGCGGGAGAAGAAGAGCAAAGGAUGGUGGACAAUUUCCGUCCACUUCAGCCAAUAAUGGAUCGUACCGUCCGUUCCUCUUUCCUAAUCCAGCACCGACGGAACAUUGAAACAAGAUCAGACGAACAAAUACACCAUGCCCAGCAGGAAACGCCCCAGGCGGGGCAUGUGCGCCUUUAAGGGGGGGGGAUAUAUACAAUGUUUAUUAGCACUUUAUAUGUUUAGAAUAUAUCUUGAUGCAAGGUCACUUACUUUAAAGGGUAUUGGGUUUGUUUGGGGUUCUUUCCUCUUCUAAUGAGCUGCUUUUUCUGUAGCACAAUAACCUGCUUUAACUUAAACUCCUCCUACAAAUAGUCAUUCAGAGUAUACAUCAAGUAGAAUUCCAAGCUUUGUCAUCAAGACUUCUCUAUUGCAAUAUAUAUGUAUUUGCAGAUUCUCAGUUUCAUAAGCUGUAUGGUGGCAAAAGAUGUCCCCAAGAGGACACAUUCCAGGAAAGACAUAACUAAAGCAUAGCUCUAGGAAAUGGAGAGUUUGCAUGAGUAGAUGACAUUUUUAUGCAUGGACUUGUGCUUAUAUUGGUACACACGGUCCAAUUCUAUCUACCUCUGAGCUUUUAACUUUAUAACAGUUAAAUAAUUUUUCACUGUAUCUUUUGUGCCUACCAGAGGUGUUUGUUUUAGUUCUCCUAGAUCCAGGGAAUGAGCCCUUUCCACAAACCAGUGGAUUUAAAUGGAUUCUGGAUGAAAUCCUAAGUGUGCUUCCUUGGAAAUGAGCUCAAUUAAGAUCAGCGGGACCAACUUCUAAGGAAAUGGGCAUAGGACUGGGCUUUGGUGUAUGUACACAUUAGUAUAUAUUUACUGACAUGGUUGGGACUCCCACGUGUAGACUUCGGCAUGAGCACACCUAUAAUAUAUAUUUCCCCCCUACUCUGUAGGCUGAUCUCAAGUCUCAAUUGUAUUUUUAAACAAAAGCCUGCAAAGCAUUUGUAUGAGCAGAAACAAGCCUCAUCCGGGAUCCAUCUUCUGCUAAAGCUAUCUUGAGAUUUAUCAUGUGCCAGAAUUAAUCAAUUGCUUUUAGCAUUGCAGCCCUUUUCAGACCCCCCCCCCCAAAUAUCACGUAAUAGUACUGAGGAGUGUUCUGUUACAGUUUCAGAAUGUACAUGUCAAAAGUAGAAAUAAAUUGUUCUAGUAGUUUUGAAAAACAAGCUUCAUUAGUCAUGUUACUUAAAUUAUAGGGUGAACUGAAAUCCACUUUCUGCAAGCAUCAGUUUUUGUUUACAUGUGUGCCCUCAUUUUGCUCCAUACAAAAGUGGGAUUAAUUUUACGUUUCCCACUUGCCCACAGGGAGUGUCUUUAGCACACAGCUUGUUUUCUGCAAGGGUGUCCUCUCCUUUUCAACCAUAGGCUGGUGGGUCUUGUGUGCCAAAUAUAACUUGAGUAUAGCAAAAAUUAGAAUAUGGCAUCAGCCGUAUGGAUAUAUUUGGACCAAUCUAUUCUCAGUAACUAAAUAGGGCAGGUGUGGAAAAAGCUUUGGCCCUCCAGAUAUUGCUGAACUACAAAUCCCAUCAUCCCUGGCCCAUUUUCAAGCUUGCUGGGGCUGAUGGGAGUUGUACUUCAGCAACAUCUAGAGGGUCCCCACACUUGGCCUAAGGAUAGGAGCUCAGUUUGGCAUGCACAAUGGUUUUAAACCUUGCAGAAGGUGGCAACUUUAGGUUAUGGCCGAUGUUAGUUCUACCCAGAGAAGACCCAUUCAAAUGAAUGGACAUGAUUACUUGGGCCCAUUAAUUUCAGUGGGUCUACCUAGUUGCAUCAACCCUUUAAUUCCACUUAGGCUGGUGAGAAUAGGAGCCAGGUAGUUUACACAACUUUAGGAAACGGGAUUGGCUUCUGUACUUCAGGGUUGUCUUUUUGACUUGUCUUUUUGAUAAAUGGUUUAUCUUCCUGACUGUUCUUAUGCCUGUGUAUUUAUAAAAUCUGCUAUCAUAUAUACCCCUUGUUCUGAAUGAUGCUAAAUGAAUUGCUUUCAAAUUA